AUCAUAUAGUAACAUACGGCAACGACCAUUCUCUCUCACACAAAACGCCCGAAUCAAAGAAGAAAACGGAACAGUUUUUAUUCCUCUUAUUUUUUUUAUUUAUUUUUUUUCAUCUUUCUUUGUCACCAACAAUCAUUAUUUUGCCCAACAUGGCAAACCCAAAGUAGUCAUAGACUGCGGAUGAAGAUAGUAUGUUUUGUCAGGUGAAAACUUAUCUGAGCUAUACUCCCCUCUUUCAGCCUUUUUCAAAAGCCUUGAGCGAAGCUGGAAGAGAGGAAAAAAGUAUGUCAGGGGCUAGACACAUUGUAAGGGCGUAUCUUUCGACUCAGAAACUUUCCACACUUCGUUCAGCCUGUUGCCUACAGUUCGGAAUGAGUCAGAUACUUUCCCAGCCACCUUUCACUCAUCUCAACCAUCCUGUCUCCCGGACUCCAGUUAGUAUGCAACUGGUCAACAAAGGUAAACAAAACUACUGCUGUUCCUACAAGAGAAAGAAGAGAGAUAGACGCAAUCUGGGGCGAGUCCAGCAUAGAGAAACUUUGUUGCAGGUGACAGGUCGCGCACAACCUUCUCUCCUUGAUGAAUGAUCUGUCACGUGGGAGACAGGCCUGCGGAGGACAACAGAAAAUGAGAGCAGCCAUGCAGGUAUCAUUGUUCCCUCCUUUCACUUGACCCGAGCAUCAUGCCUCAGUACACUGGAUGAGAACGACUGCUAUACACGGAGACAGUAUCCGGGUCGCACAGUACGCUGAAAAUGAUCGCGUGUUAUAAGCUUUUUUUCGUCGUUUCCCUCUUCGCUGCUGUCGUUCAGCUUCGGCCAGCUAAUGAAGUCACCUCUGCUGGCCCCACCGAAGCGACUACCCCAACUACCGCCGCCACCACCACCACCACUACUACCGCCACCACUACCAUCACCACCACCACCAAGUCAUCAACAACAGCGCUCGACGAUGACAAUAAUAGCAGCAGCAACGACACCAGUUUCGAACUGGGUGGGGACUCGUCGCAAGACACCAACUCUAGCGACGUGGACAGCACCAGGUGGCCAUCGUCGUCUGCUCUGCCAACCACGUCGUCCCUGGCAACGCCAACCACGUCGUCCCUGGCAACGCCAACCACGUCGUCCCUGGUAACGCCAACCACGUCGUCCCUGGCAACGCCAGCCACGUCAUCGCCAAAAACGCCAGGCUCUCAAAUGGUUACGCCGACAUCUCACAUCAUCGAUACCCCGUCACUAGACGAUCCUCCCGAGGAAACAACCGUUAAAACGUCAGACCCAACUUCAUCAACUCUGCUUAAUUCCUCAGGUUCAGCCUCGACGCACCCUCCUGCCCUCACCGACACUGUAGCUACAUCAUCAACCCCCCUUAAUACAUCACAGCCUGCCUCGACCCAACCUCUUGUGGUCGUUGGGACCGAAAGUACGUCGACAACUCUCGUUACUGCGUCAGACCCUGCCACUACCCAGCCUCCUGCGGUCUCCCUGACAUCAACUGCUGUGCAUAGUUCGACGAGUUCGACGAGUUCAACGGAUAGUUCAACGGAUAGUUCGACGGACAGUUCAGAGGACAGCGAGGAGGUGACGGAAGAAAGUCAGACAGUGGGGACGUCCACCAGACCUUCUGUCUCCCCCAAGGAUGACGACGAUUUCGACAAACCAGACGACGACAUAGACGACCAGUCAAAGGAGGAUAAAGAUGAUGAUGAUGAUGAGGAGGAGGAUUUAUCAUCCGAAGCGAACGCCACAACCACCACAGCACGGAUGACGACGCCAGACUCACAUGAAGACUGGAACAGCUGGGAGGAAAUACAGAAAAUGAACAUUUCUAUCGUCUCGUUCCGGAAAGUGGAGUCAGCAACCGUCGGAGACCAGGACCUCAUCAUGGAGUGCAACUUUACCUCUGAAUCGGUAGAUGGAAUCCGGAUCACUUGGAUACGCCAUGGCAUGCCGAUCCACUCAAGGUCUCACAGUCGAUUCCGCAUCACUGUGAAAAAGUAUGGCGACCAGGAGAUGCUGUACACACAGCUCCGCAUCACCCAUGCAUGCAUGUCCGACACAGGACCGUACGCUUGUUUUGCGUUUAGAGGAUUCAAAAAUGCAUAUCAGGCUUUCAACCUCGUCGUGUAUGACAUCGCCAAACUGGCCAUCUACCCCCCGGUCCUGAGCUUGCGAUCCCGCCAUCACAAGGUCGUCUUCUGGUGCAAAGUCACCAACCCUGACGAUGUGCUGCAGUCCAGUGACUUCAAGUGGCAGGUGAACGGAAUAACGCCCACCAGAGGUUUUUCUCGGCACCGUGGAGUAAAAGAGAGCAAUGGAACUAUCGAAUUUUUCCCGCAGGAGAUGUCUGGCAACUGCACCUGUUCUGUGGGCAAGUCCCACACCACGGCCUAUUACUACGUCAUUACAACAGGUAUGAUAACUUGUCCAGAGGAGAUCGACAAGUACGGUAUCGUUUGGCCCUUGAUACCUGCUGGACGACAAGCUAUUGCCUACUGUCCCAGAGAUCACACAGGUCUCGCCACACGGAAGUGUGGGUCUGAUGGCCAGUGGGCUGAGCCUGCCAACCUGCUGGACUGUGUGCUCGACUCGCUUCAAAAUAUCGACUCUCAGGUACAGGACAUUGUUGAUGGGACGGCAAAUGUUACCGUAGGAACCGUGCUUGAAGGACUCCUGACGAUUGCCUGCAACGGCUCAGAGUGCGAGCAGCUGGACGGGGCGGGCAACCUGGACAAGACCGUGGACAUCCUGGAGAAGGUUUCAGCCAUCGAGGACGCUGAAGUCACGCAAAACGAUGCAGAAGUCUUUUCGUCGGUGCUGGACGCGUUGCUGGAUAAAAGGACAGGACAGGAGUGGAACCGCGUCACGCAGCGGGACAACAGAAAGCCAACGCGGCUCUUGCGGACCGUGAGGAGAAUUGGACGGUCGGCUGGCCGGCACCUCACCAGCAACUCCAGCUUGCCCAUUCGAAAGAACAACGUCGACAUCUUAGUAUCCCGCGUGUCCUUCCGGGACCUGGUGUUUCCCGAAUACAGCCCCGCGCGGACAAGCUGGAUGUUCCUGCACGCAGACAGCUUAGAAAAUAUCGCAGAGAACAUUGGUCCUGAAGAGAAUUCCUCAGUAACGAAGGAAGUGCUCUACGUUGCAGCUUGUUAUAAAACUAUCGCAUCUCUUCUGCCUAACAACUCGGCUGAGGCCUGGUUAGGGCAAAGCAUAAACAGCUCAUGGACGAUCAACUCUGAGGUUCUUUCUUUGUCGUUUGGAAUCGACCAUCCUUCCGUUAACCUGCUUCGGCCACUCAUUCUGCACUUUAAAAACACCGAUGUUAACCGCUCGAGCCCAGUGUGCAGUUUCUGGGACUUCGAUGCAGAGAACAACGAGGGCGCGUGGUCAAACGCUGGCUGUGAGCUUGACGAAAAGGCGAGCAACUCGACAGACACGGUGUGCCGCUGUCACCACCUGACCAACUUCGCUGUCCUAAUGAGUCCUUACCGCUCGAGUUCCCAUGACGACAUCGCCCUCAGUAUCAUCACCUACAUCGGCUGCGGGCUCUCUGUCCUCGGCUGUCUCGUCACACUCAUCGUCUACCUAAGACUCUGGAGGUACCUCAAGUCCACGCGCGCGCACUUGUUGAUGCAGUUGUGUGCUGUGCUGAUUGUCUUCUACAUCAUCUUCCUGGCUGGCAUCGAAAGGACGUCAGACGUUGUGGCGUGCAAGGCGGUGGCGUUGGUGCUGCACUUCCUGCUGCUCGUGGCCUUCUUCCAGAUGCUGGCCCUUGGCGUGGAGAUCGCGGUCACCGUUACAUACGUCUUCUCCGCCACCCGCUCAAAGCUCUGCUACCUUAUCCUCCUCGCCUGGGGAUUCCCUCUGGCCAUCGUCAUUGCUAACAAAUGCUGGUUGUCGCUGGAGAGCGGCCUCCUUUUUGCGUUCGUUGGACCUGCCCUACUGGUGAUCUUGACAAACUCCGUGGUUCUGGUGAUUGUACUACGAGCCGUAUAUUCGACGGCUGUCAUGACUACCAAGACUAAGCAAGAAAAACUUAAGGCCGGAGUGCGGAACAUUUGUGUGCUGCUGCCGAGCAUGGGGCUGACAUGGGUCUUCGGCACCUUGGCUGUCAACGAGAGGACAGUGGUCUUUGAGUAUAUCUUUGCUGUCUGCAACUGCCUGCAGGGAGUCUUUAUUUUUGUCUUUUACUGCUUUCUGAAUUCGUCCGUGCGCGAGGGAGUCCAGAGGCUUCGUCAGCGUCACGAGGUGUCCAAGAACGUGUACUCCGACGAAGCGAAACCCCACCGAGCAGUUAAAAGUCUCUUCGGCUUCCGUGCAUCAAACAACUGCUCAGAACACGUGAGUCAGAUUCGGACAACAGCAAAAAGUCUACACUGAACCUCAGCUCCUCGGUCCCGGGCGAGUCGUCUGACACUACGAGCGACACGAACAUCAAGCUGGAAUUUCCACCAGGCGGCUUCCGGUACAGGGAUAGCUGGUCUGGCCAGUCGUAUCCUGUGCCAUAUAGUGGCCAGUCUUCCGAGUGUCCAGUCAGACCCAAUGACUACGAUGCCAGUGCUGCAGACUACAGGGAGACAACAGACAAAAGAAAGGUCGGCAAAGUUUCUUAUGACGGUGUUCGUCGUCACAGCGACAUUAACAACUACAGCCACCGGCAAAACAGAGCACGUAACGUGAAGUAUACAAGCGAGAGAAGAGCAGACAGCAGGCUCGAGAGGAAAUGAUGAAGAAAGUGACAGUUAUGGAGAUAAGAACAACAAGUCAUAGUUGGAGACAGGAACAUGAGAGGUCAAAGAGAGAGUGAGAAUGCGUUUGUGUGUGUGUGCUUAUGUAGAAUGUUUCGCGGAAUGAACGAUCAUUAACCUUUUAACGAACCCUUUAUAUGGUUGAUCAUGAACAGAUUUCUAUAGGUCUCAGUUUCUCUCUAAUGCUUCCAAACAGAUUUGAGAUGCUGAGACAUUGUUGUGUGUUACUGCCGAGAGGAGAAUAAAGACUUAUUAUCUUACUUAUUUUAUUGGACAAAAUAAUAAGCAUUCAACAUUGUAGUACUACUUUAAGAGUUAUUACUUGCGACAGUGAGACGUCGAAACACUAAAAAGCAUCAUGACAAACUGUUUUCACACAGAGAAUAAACCUUUUUUGAGUCUAAGAGGUUUAUCUCGCUGUUUUGUAUCGAUGACUCGGCAUGCGGCCGUCUAGUGGAGCGUGGGAAUACUAAAACUGUCUAAAACAGUCUUGAGAAGCGGAUAAUGGUAAUGCGUCUUACUGCUUCGUGAAAAUCAAGACAUCUCUAGCUGCAACAUACAUGUACAGCAAGUCUUCCAUACAUAUCUCCAAGCCAGGAACGACCCAGCUUGCUUGUGACACUGAAGUUUUGCUCUGUUAGUGAUCUAACGAGCAACUACACUGGAAACAUCUGUAUUUUUUAAAGACAUCGAGUUUGUUUUGAGCCAGCACGCGGUGGUAAAAUAGACAUCAUGUGUACAUUGCCAUCUACACUUUCAUUUGAACUUGUAGAAAGAACCAUUUAUAGUUUAUAUGAUCUGUGAAAGGACUGGCACUGUGCAGUGUUUCACUGUCAUGUCUAUGAUCUAAGCAAAUUUAUACAACGCCAAGUUAGUAGUACUUUAUGUUAGGGAGGAAAGUUACAGAUCAGAAAGUUAAUAUUUAGCUCUUUAAACUUGAAUUCAUCAAUAAAACACAAUAUCCUUAAAUAUACACUACCGUUGAUCUAUCAGUUAUUGGCUGAUGAUACUUCCAGAUCUACUUUUACGUCUGCAAAUCAAUGUCAGCAAACGAUCCCACUGUAGAAUGAUCAUUGUUACCAUGGAUACCAAUUUACAAUGUGUUUAUUUAUUGAUUUGACUAUUUGUUUACGAAAGCACGUUCUGUGAUGAUGACUUUACUAUUACGUCAUAGAUUAUAUACGAUUAUGAUAUGUAAAACUUACAUUUGACCUUUGUUGCCCAUUAAAUUUUUUGUAAAACUCGGUUCUAAAAAGCUUACUGAAGCAAAUUAUUACUGCAUUUAGAGUUUAUGGAAGAUUAUAAGCAAAUAAAUACUCUCAUCUUUAA